ACUUGCUCAUUCACGCUCAGCUGUGAAUACAUCGACAACUAGCAGGUCGUCGAUCCGACAACUCUAUCUCAACUCUCCAGCAUGGUGCGCGUGUUCCUGGCCCUUAGCGGUUCCUUGGCCGUGGUGGCUCAGAUGGUAGUGACCUUGGCCACCAGAGUAUCCUUCGUGAACGACUGCAACUACGACAUCAACUUGUAUGACAACAGCGUGGCCGAGACCAUCGCGGCGGGAGGCUCUAUGUCUCGCGACCUGGCCGACGGCUUCAGUGGAGUGUUCCGUAACGGCAUGAGCACCGAAGCUACGCUGGCCCAAUUCGCCAUCAGCGGCGGCAAAACCUGGUACGCUAUCAGUACCGUGCCUCCUGGAGCAGGUAGUUGCACCAGCUACGCCGAAUGCGCCGCCACUUCGGGCAAGACUGGCUACAACGUGGCCAUGAGCAUUACCCCCGAUGUCGGCACCACUGCCGUGAAUGCAGAGUGCACAGCCGUCACCUGUGAAAGCCCCGACUGCGAGGAGGCUUAUCUGUACCCGUCAGACACAACCAAACUACAUAAUUGCCCCGACGCACUCACCAUCCAAGUGGCCUUCUGCCCGGAUGGAUCGACCAAUUCGUCGGCAACGACGACAAGCACCACCGGCGCGGUUGCUACGGAGACCCCCGUUACCACAUCCACCCCUGCAUCCACGGAAGGUGUAGCUGCUACGGAGGCCCCUGCUGUCACAUCGACACCUUCAGCUACAACUGCUUCGGUUGCGUCGGAUGCCGAUUAUACGUCUAGCGUUGUGGCGACGAAGUCUUCUUCUUCAGCCUCCUCGACUACCGCAACGACGAGCACCUCGACUACUUCCAGUAGCACGACAACAACGUCCAGCGCCUCAACCAGCAAGACCACUACAACGUCGAGCGGCUCCACGGGAGACUUCUCGAGCGCUACCAUCAGUUCGAGCUUUGCGUACAGCGGCACGAACGCUGGUUCGGCUGCUGGUACUUACGGUAAGGUAACCGAAAUGUCCUCAUGUACGACCGAGGACGUUUCGGUGAGCGACCCGGUCGGCCCGAUGAGCGAGGAAGUGACCAUGGUCUUCCGUGGCCCUAUGAACAUUUACAACAUCGCCGUGUUCUCCGGUUCAUCCGGCAGCGACUGGACCAAGGUGUCGUCGUACGACGCCAGCGCCGGCACGCAGGACAACAUGGUGUUCAUGAACAAUCUAAAUAUUGACUACACCGGUGCUAACUCGAGCCCGCAGGGGUAUUCAACGGCCGACGGAACAGCUACAGCUACUGAGUCGACCAUCUUCGGUGGUUCACUGGCCGAUGCCUCCGACACGUCCGUAACUGGCGGUGGCCCGUGCGUGUCCACCGGUUGUGAGGUGAACAUCAUGACGGCGACCAACUGUGCCGAUGAAGACGGAUGCAUUGGAUACUACGAUGACAUGGGUUUCCAUGGCUGGGAUGGUGGUAUGAAGAUGUUCGUGACCAAGGUGCAGAUGCCGACGGGCUCAACGGCCAACCUGCCUGCUAUCUGGAUGCUGAACGCCCAGGUUGUGCGUGCCAGCCAGUACGGCUGCAACUGCCGUGGAGAGGGCUCGGAGGGUGGCUGUGGUGAGCUUGAUGUCGCCGAGGUUAUCGAGACCAACACAGCCCAGGACAAGGUGUCCACCCAUUAUUACUUCUACGACGGUAGCGUGUCCCCUGGCGGUGACAACUACGCCACGCGCCCGACCGACUCGGCUGUGACGUACGUGACUAUCUUCGACAACUCGGGCGAGGGCAUCGUGAAGAUCAUCGAAAUUGGCAGCGACGACUUUGAUUUCUCAGUGGACUCUGUGUCUGGCGAUACGGUAUCGGCGUGGCUAACCACUUCGGUGGAGAAUCUACUAAGCUAGGUGAAAUGAGGCUUAACCUUGCAUUGAGUGUUGGAAUCGUGUGGUAGGACUGACACAAAAUGCCAGGUAGUUGACGUUCCCUAGGUGAUAACAUGACACAAUGUUCUGUUUUGAGAAGAG